GUGCACUCACAAUAAAAAAAACAAAUCACACUUUUGUAAAACGUGGGCAAUCAAAGGCUCAUAAUAAUCUAAAUGGUUUAUUAAUAAACGUGCGAUUAGUCGACUAAUGCUUAAAAGGAACAACUACUAGACAAAUCCUUAGUUGAUGACAGCCCCAGGUUAUUGAUCCAUUAAGAAAUACAGAUUCACUCAGUGAUGAAACACCUCUGUGUGUUGCUCUAAGAUGUCUUUCUGUGUUCUAAUAGGCUACAUCAUGCAGUGAAUAUGUGAACUGGUUUUUGCAAAGCAAGUGACAUACUCAAUAAUGCACAUCAUUAAAACAACAAUUACAACUUUAUCAUAGAUGAAACAUAUCAUACAUACCUACUCAUUGUUGUUCUGCCAUUGCAGGAUGGAGGUCAUGACUCAGAAAGAGAUAGCAGCACUACGCCAGUGUGAAUCUCACCCCAACAUUGUCACACUCCAUGAGGUCUAUACCGAUCAGUAUCACACUUAUUUGAUUAUGGAGUUGUUGCGUGGUGGAGAGCUUUUGGAGCGAAUAAGGAAAAAGAAGAUGUUUGCAGAAUGGGAGGCCAGUCAGCUGAUGAAAAGUCUUGUGUCUGCGGUCAGCUACAUGCAUGAGGCUGGAGUCGUACACCGAGACCUCAAACCAGAGAAUGUGCUGUUUGCUGAUGAGUCAGAUGACUCUGUGUUGAAGGUGAUUGAUUUUGGAUUUGCGCGGUUGUUUCCAGCGGGGAGUGGCAGUGCAUCUCUGCAGACCCCCUGCUUUACCCUGCAGUAUGCUGCGCCGGAGCUCUUCCACAGCUCGGGAUAUGACCAGGCCUGCGAUCUCUGGAGCCUUGGGGUGAUCCUGCCAACACCCAACAACCACAGGCUUCCCAAGACGUCACUUCAGAGACUGAACUUCCAGCCAAUCAACGACCUCGGGAUAGCCCUUUCACCGAGGCUCCUUCUUCACAGGAGAUGCAAUACACCAUGCUGUCUGGCCAAGUUCCAUUCCAGAGUGAGAAGAAAGGAAUGACAUCAUCGCAUGCAGCUGACAUCAUGCACAAGAUCAAGGAGGGUGAUUUCUCAUUGGAUGGAGAAGCCUGGAAGGGUGUGUCUGAAGAGGCCAAAGAUUUAGUGAGAGGUACUUUUACUGAAAAAAAUCUAAACUUGCUUGGGUGUUGAAAAAUCUUAUUCCAAGGUAGGGCUGGGUAUGUAUGC